AUGUAUGGGGCACAAUGCCGCCCUAGUGGUGCUCCUCCCAGUACCUUCCCAAAUCAAGACAAUCAGCCAAUAGAUGACUCAAACUCGAAUCCAUACCGGUUUGGUUCCCCAGGCCACGACUCAAACACAAGUCCAUACCAGUUUCCGCCUCUACUGACUCCUGGAAUCCUGCUAUUGAAUGCUGGCAGUCAUGCACUGCCACAGGUGGAUGAUUUUUUCAGUCGACCGCCUCAGGCUGGUGAAGCUGCAAAGCUGCUGGCGCAGGAACAUCAAACGCUGUCCCAUAUAAUGCGUCCCCCUAGCGUAUCGCAAAACUUAGUCACUCCGUCAUUUCAGGGAGAGACUCCAUACCUGGGACACAGCUCACGCACUCCGUUCUCAGGCAGCAAGUCUUCAGGGUCUUGCGCACCCUCUCUCGGACCUGGAGGCAACUACGGUCAGCUUUCGGGUCCUGCACAUCAUCAGCCCCAUAUGAUGCUGCACCUAGGCUUCAAUCGCGGUUCUCUGUAUCAUGAUUCUGCGGGGUACGAGCUUCAAAACUUGGUUUCAAUCCUCACUGCUAGGAUGGGAAGUUUAGAAGAAGCAAAUCAGCAAUUAUAUCAGCGCAUUUACUUAGCUACAAGGAUGCAUAGUACUUACUUUAUAUUUCUGGGCCUCUUGCCAGCGCAUGACUUGAAAUCAGUCAGGAGUUUCGGGUUCGGUCGCGCUGAGGUCAACAUGUUCAGGAACUUGUAG